UCGGGACGUAAACGUCCUCACGCUCGCUCUCGGCCGGCGUCGACGUGCGGCGACGCAUGACGUACACUCGCGAGAAGAGAGCUCUUCAGAGGCGGCUUCUCGAUCGGCCGCCGCUUGGAUUAUGGCGUCGGGAGGUGCUCGUCUCUGGGGCGGGUCUGUGGCGCUGCGAAGGGCCUGCCUCGAUCGGGAGACGUAACGCGAAUACUGCGGCAGUGUGCGAGGAUGGCCCUGAACUGUGCGUCCCUGUCCGCUGGCGACCAAGGGUGCCGGACGGCCCCCCGCGCCGCUCGCGGCGACCUCGGCCCCUCGGCCGUUGCUUUGGCCAUGGUGUCUGGAGACAGCGUUUUCACCGCCAGACCUGGGGCGAUUUACGCAGGACCAGGCCCUCGGCAGAGCGUGCGGCCGAGCGUUCGCACCGAGAACCGGAGGCUAGCUGCCGGAGGUGGGGGUCCUACCCGCCUUAUAAAGGGAGGAGCGUCGGAAGGCCGGCGCCGGGGCCGCCGAGCCAGAGUCUCCCCGUACCCUGCGCCUGGGGUUAAACUUGAUCCCUUAAGAAGUGUGCUGCAGCGGCAUCUGGUAGCCCUUGGAGGUGUCGCCGCAGCCCCAGUCCCAGCUUAAAACGAAUGCCUCCUUCGGCUACUCUUGAUUAGCUUAUGAAUAAGGCUUUUCCAAAAUCCUCUCGGUGCAUUCGCAGUCUUAUUUUUAGAAAAAUGUUUUCAUUUUGACAUAAACACAUAAAAUGCAUCGGGACUUUAUUGACAGCCUAUUCAAAGGAAAAUUUUACUGUUAAGUCAGAUGGAAUGCAGCCAAAAUGAGAUCAGGAAGAGGUAGGAGAGAUUAUUUCUUAGGUAGUCGGAAAGCCGAACUGAUUGAGCCACCCUCCACAAAGUCAAGUUUUUAUUCACCCUUUGUGCAUUCCAGCAACGAAUCCAAACUUCACUGAUUUCCACAGGUAUUACCCUCCCCCACCCCCCACCAGCUGAUUCUCCUACUUCGAGGCUUCUAAUUCAAGCUUCCUUAACUGCCCCUUGCUCAGAAUCUUACCCUUUGCCUUUACUUCUGUUGGUGUAAAAGAAAUGCUUCAUUACUUAUUCUUCCACCUAUGGCCCGACAUUUGUUCUUCAGUCUUUUCCCCAACACUUAACAUCUUCCAUCAUCCCUCCCUUCACCUUUUCUAAAGGAGUAUUUACAGACGAGCUCCAAUCUCAGCCAAACUCAAAACAACAAAAAAUAAAACCUAAACCUUUCUACUCUUUCAAAUUAAGCCAAAGUACAUUCUUUUAUUUGCCAAUGGCUUAGAAUUAAUUUUUAUGUUUUUUCAUUUUAUUAUUCACUUUGGAUUCCAGCCCCUCAAUCCCUCCUGUCCCAGAACACACUGGUGGAAACUGUAGUCCUAAAGUCUAAAGUCUCUUACCAUAAAGCUGUUUGUCCAUCUUCACUACAGCAUCUUCCUUGAAAUUUUUAGCCUUUACUCACUCAACUGUUCAACAAUAUUUGAGCAUCUUCUUGUGGUAAUCACUGUGAAUGAACUUCUGCCAUCAAGGAGUAAAUUAGUUGAGGAGGCUAAUAAAUGUAAUCACCAUACUGGUCUGUUCAAUAGUCACAGUGAUAAGAAUAAGCACUGGCUGCAACAGCUUUUCAUAAUUCUGUACCGUCCUGGUUCUGUCCUUAUAGUGGACCCUAUCCGUUUAGACUUAAAGUAAUGAUGUUCAGAUAAAGCAAAAUUACUACAUACCACACAGUAUUCAAUUAUUAGAGCCACGUCUUCAGAAGAAUGUGGCUAAACCAGAGAGCUUCCAUAAGAGUGAAUACAGUGAGAGAUCUGGAAACUAGGUUGGGGGAGAAUGAUUGCAAGAAUGAUAUCUACCUUUUAUUGAGUGCUAUGCACAAGACAGUGUGCUAGGGGCUUUUAUUGUUUGUUUGCAAUUAUUUUUGAGGACUAAUUCUGUGCCUGCUACUGUGCCAGGCACUGAGAAUAAAGUGGGGAACAAAGCAGUCUGCUCUUACGGAGCUUUGUAUGCUGUUUAAUUCUCAGAGCAGCCCAUAAGAGAGAUGUUGCAAAUGGGCUCAGCUGCUAAGCAAAAGGUUGGAGGUUCAAAUCCACCCAGAGGCACUUCAGAAGAAAUGGCUGAUGAUCUGCUUUUGAAAAAUCAGCCAUUGAAAACCCUGUGGAGCACAGUUCUACUCUAACACGUGGUGUUGUCAUGAGUCAGAAUUGACAGCAACUUAGUUUUUAUAUAUUAUUUAUAUGUAUAUAUAUAUAUAUAUAUAUAUAUAUAUACACACACAUACUUUAUUUCACUGCUGAGAAACUGAGGCUCAAAGAGAUGAAAUAAAUUUUCCAAGGUCACAAGGCUAGUAAGCGGUAGAGUCUUGCUGUCUUUUAACUGAAAUUCAUUGUCUGAACCACACAACACAAAGAACUAUUUGAAUGACAAUUUUCUCAAUUCUCCCAGUGAUAGUACAUAAGAACUACUCUAGAUGUCUCUCAGCCACUCCUUGGAAACCCUAUGGGGAAGUUCUACUCUGUCCUGUAGGAUCGCUAUGAAAAAAAAAAAGUCGGGAUCAACAUGACGGCAAUGAGUUUUGGGAUUCCAGAUGUCUAGGAAACAAGUUAAUUUAUGACAUACAAUGGAUGCCUUGGGCCAAGCGUUCAGGAGUCUUGAAAAGUUGUGGUUGAGAAAGGAAUCGGUAACCUACAUACUCUGAAUUUUAGAUUGGGGAAGGAUAAUAAAACUUAGGCUGAGAGUAAGGAAGAUUUUUUUAAAGCUGAACAAUUCCUGGUAGUGGAAAAGACCACCUCACAAGGUAAUGGAUUAGCUGCCAGGAAGUUCAGAUAAAGGCUGAAUCCUGUCAAGGAUUUUGUCAAAUUCUCAGUGUGGAAUUGUGCUAGAUGACUUCUGCAGUUUUUCUUUUCCAUUUAAUCCAUAAUUGUAUAUCAUUAAAAAUAAACUUGCUUAUAAUUCAAAUGGAGCAUUGGCAGAAUGAGAAGGGAGCAAUGAGGUCGGAUACGUAAGGUAACCAUGUAAUUUAUUGUGCAAACCAGGAAGGACACUUUAGAGAUGGGAAAAAAGUGCUAUCAAUUACGCUGAGGCAACAGGCUGUCCCAGGCAGGCCAGCUGGCUUAUGUAAGCCCAGGAGAUGAUUUGGCAGUAAAUGCACCUUUGAAGAGUACUCCUUUGCUAUCAGGGGAAGAAUGCUGAGAUUUGUGAAUGGGGGAACGAAAGUCUGACAUCAGAGUGCACAAAUAGAGGGACAACCAAGUGGGAAUGAUUUUAUUUCCCUUCUGGCAUGAGGUCAUCAGGAGUAGGGCUUUGGUUGAAUAAUAGUCAGUGCCAGGAAAAAAAAGGUGUGGUUUAUUGUGCUUUGUUUGACAAAAGGAGAACCUUGUUCACAUAAAUGCUUGAUCAUUUCAAGUCUGUGCCAAGGGAUGUGUAAAUUCUUAACAUCUGCAGUAGUGUCCAAAUUAAAGUGUGUCCUGUGGAAGCAAGAAUGAACUUAAACCUCUGAUGUACUUUUAAUGAACAGUCCAUUAUACAUUUUUAUUUGAUAUGAGUGGCUAAGUGUAGCAUGCUGUCAUUCUAAAAUAGAUGAGUUCUAAGAGUAAUAAUAAAAAAAAAAGUACUUUAAAUUUUAAAAAUGUCAUUGUAACUUCCUAUUUGUUUGCUAUUGUUGCUCCCUAUUAUGAAUUGUGUGCCCCCAAAAUGUGUGUCAACUUGGCUUGGCCAUGAUUCUCAGUAUUGUGUGACUGUCCACCAUUUUAUCAUCUGAUGUGAUUUUCCUGUGUGUUGUAAAUCCUACGUUUAUGAUGUUAGUGAGGCAGGACUGAAUCUACUAGAUUAGGUUGUAUAUUGAGUUGAUCUUUUUUGAGAUAUAAAAGAGAGAAGCGAAUAGAAAGACAGGGGGACCUCCUACCACCAAGAAUGCAGAACCAGGAAGGGAGUGUGUCCUUUGGACCCAAGGUCCCUGCACUGAGGAGCUCCUACAGGGGAAGAUUGAUGACAAGGACUUUCCCCCAGAGCCGAAAGAGAAAGGCUUCCCCUGGAGCUGGCACCCUGCGUUCAGACUUCUAGCCUCCUAAAAGGUGAGAGAAUAAACUUCUGUUUGUCAAAGCCAUCCACUUAUGGUAUUUCUGUCAUAGCAGCACUAGAUAACUAAGAUGCUCCUAUUAUACCCAAGCAGUUUAGUAGCGUAUGUUGAAGUGGAGUCCUGUGAGAAGAUUUACUUCCUCUACUCAUCAGCAUCAAAACAUUUGAAAUGAUCAUCCAUUUGAUAUAUAGCAAAAAAAGAGACCAAAGAGUCUGUUUCCUUCAGUAGCCAGAUUUGGAGAUAAGAAUAACUCUAAGAGGAAUGACUUGGGCAGAAGAAAGGAAGGAAAAGCAGGAGGAAAGCUGUUUCCUUAAGCCCUACGGAAGGGAAUAGUAAAUGAAUUUCUGAUGGUCAGAAGGCUCAACUGUCUUGCAAGUAAAAUUAACUGUGUCUUUCAUUCCUUCGGUGAAUUUACCCAUAUCUCACUGAGGUGAAGAUUGUCUCUUCCAUUUUCCAUUAAACGUAUGUCUGUUUUCUUAGCCAACCAAACAUAUAAGCUUGAAUACCUCUGACUCCUUACCACUGACGUCCACUCCCUUGUCCAUUCGAUUGUGAAGCCCUGUGCAUCUUUUCUUCACAAUGUAUUCACAUUACAUUUCCACAAUUGCCGCUUUCAUCACUUGCAUCAUAGUUACCUGGACAUAUAGUCUGUUUUGUCUUUUUGUCUCCAUCCUGUAUUUAUAUCACCUCCAGAUUUAUGUUCCCAAAACACAUCUCUGAUCAGAUAGCUACCACUCCAGUGUUCCCCAAAGUAUGUUCCACAGAAACGUCCAGAAAUACAAGAUAGUUCUCUGAGAAAAAAAAAAGACACCAGGUCAAUAAAUCGACAAGUGGUACAUGUUUCAUCACCUUAGAGACCUACAAUGUGUAAUAGCAUCUUAAGGGGUGUUUUGGUCAGCUGGUGUUCCUAUAAUAGAGAUACCACAAGUGGAUGCCUUUAAGAAAGAGAAAUUUAUUUUCUCAUAGCCUAGUAGGCUAGAGUACAAAUUCAGGGCAUCAGCUCCAGGCGAAGGCUUUCUCUCUCUGUCAGUCUGUCAGCUCUGAAGGAACGUGCUUCUCAUCAAUCUUCACCUGGACCAGGAGCUUCUUUGUGCGGGAACCCCAGGUCCAAAGGACACGCUCUGCUUCCAGUGAGGUCACCCCAACCCUGCUUGCUCCCCUUUCCUUUUAUCUCUUGUAAAAUAAAAGGAGGAGCAGGCCAUACCCCAGGGAAAUUCCUUUUACAUUGGAUCAGGGAUGUGACCUUAGUGUGUUACAAUCCCACCCUAAUCCUCUUUAACACAAAAUUACAAUCACAAAAUGGAGGAAAAUACCACAAUACUUAGAACCACGGCCUAACCAAGUUAGCACAUAUUUUUAGAGAACACAAUUCAAUCCAUGACAAGGGAUCCGAUAAUUUCCUUCAGAAAGGAAAACAGUUUAACUUUGUUUUAACUAGUGUUUUAUUUGUCCAUAAAUUUUAAGAAUUUUUACAUACUACUUAUCUUCCUGAGUGUCUUAGUCAUCUAGUGCUGCCAUAACAGAAAUACCACAAGUGGAUGGCUUUGACAAAGAGAAAUUUAUUUCCUCACGGUCUAGUAGGUUACAAGUCCAAAUUCAGGGCAUCAGCUCCAGGGGAAGGCUUUCUCUCUGUGUCAGCUCUGGAGGACGGUCCUUGUCUUUAAUCUUCCCCUGGUUGAGAUGCUUCUCAGGUGCAGGGACCCCAUGUCCAAAGGACACACUCUGCUUCUGGUGCUGCUUUCUUGGUGGUAUGAAGUCACCAACUCUGCUCACUUCCGUUUUCUUUUAUUUCUUGAGAGAGAAAAAGUGGUGGAGGCCACACCCUAGGGAAACUCCCUUUACACUGGAUCAGGAUGGUGACCUGAGAAAGAGCGGUGUUACAAUCCUACCUGAAUCCUCUCAACAUAAAAUUACAAUCACAAAAUGGAGAGCAACUACACAAUACUGGGAAUCAUGGCCUAACCAAGUUGACACAUAUUUUUGGGGGGACACAAUAAAAUCCAUGACACUGGAUCCGUUAUUCUACAGAAACAAUGAGAAAUGAAGCUUUACGUAAAAGCUCCAUUAGUUCCCCCACUGGAUCCAAUUUUCCUGAUAUUAGAAAUGGAUUUUUAUAUAGUGUGGUAGAUUUUAUUAAGUUUCCAGGAUGUCAUUAGUCAAAUUGGUUGGUUUCCUCACAUACAUGAUUUGAUAAGAUCCAGCCCCAUCUUUAUUGCACAUAAUGAAUGUUACUCAUGCCUUUAGUGGGCAGGCUGGGGAGAACAAAGCAAUCGUGCCACUGCUGAUUCCCUAGAGACUGAGGAUCGAGACUGACAUGUUACUAAUGAAAUAUACUAGGAACGUUCCCUGAUGAAUAAAGGUGGGUGCACUUAUUUCCUAAGUAUGCUAAUGAUGUGAUUUAAAAAAAAUAAUGAUUUACUUGACUUAUUUCGCUGCAAUUUCUGCUUCAAAAUGCACUUUUAGUCAGAGGAAAUUAUUGUGCCUUCUGCAAACUAUUGCCUUCAAUAUCCCAAAGACCUGACAGUCACUGAAAUAGUGCAACUCUAAGAAACCACACUCCAUACACAAACAUUUUCGACCUUCCAUAAUCUGACCAAGCUACCUUACCAACCUUCUCUCUUACUCCUAAUUCCCCCAGGUGGUUACUGCUUUUUUCGGCCUCUGUGCUGUGCCUAUCCUAGUUAACUAAAUUGGUUGUUCUUCCUAUGUUUCAUCUCCCCUACUACAUUGAAGCAUAAAAUGUUUAAAUUUAUCUUUAUUUGUACAUGUAAGUGUCCAGAGAGUAGAUAAUGAAUGCCUGUGGAAUGAAUGAGUGAACUUCACAGACUAUUUCUCAUUGAAUUCAAAAUUAAAAAUGUACCAUAGCCUCCACCAGCCUGAGCCCAGAAUUAGUGGUGCCUGGCUACCACCACCAACAGCUCUGAUGGAGAUCGUGACAGAUGGUGCUCCUAGACAGAGCGGGAGAAAAAUACAGAACAAAAUUCAAUUUCACACACACAAAAAAACCGACUUACUAGUCUGACAGACACUGAAGGAACCCUGGAGACUAUGGCCCCUGACACCCUGCUAACUAAGAACUGAAGUCACUCUCGAAGUCCACCUUUCAGCCAAAGACUAGACAGGCCUAUAAAGCAAUGACGUGCUACCUAGUUUAGUUCCACCAAGUAUACCAGACUAAAUAAAUGGGCAACAUAUGCCCAAAAGCAAAGAUGAGAAGGCAGGAAAACUAGACAAAUGGACACAGGGAACCCUGGAUAGAAAAGGAAAGGGGGAGAGUGCUGACACAUUGCAAGGUUUGUAACCAAUGUCACAAAACUUUUUUUUUUUUUAAUUAAUUUUUAUUGUGCUUUAAGUGAGAGUUUACAAAUCAGGUCAGUCUCUCCUACAAAAAUUUACAUACACCGUGCCAUACACUCCUAACUGCUCUCCCUCCAAUGAGACAGCACAGUUCUUCCCUCCACUCUCUCUCCUCGCAUCCAUUCAGGUAGCUUCUGGCCCCCUUUGCCCUCUCAUCCCCCCUCCAGACAGGAGAUGCCGACAUAGUCUAAUGUGUCCACUUGAUCCAAGAAGCUCGUUCUUCACCAGUGUCAUUUUCCAUCCCCUAUCUGAGUCCAAUCCCUGUCUGAAGAGUUGGCUUUGGGAAUGGUUCCUCUCCUGGGCUAACAGAAGGUCUGGGGACCAUGGCCUCCGGGUUCCCUCAAGUCCCAGUCUAAUUUGGGGUCUGCAUCCCACUGCUCUCCUGAUCCCUGAGGGUUUCUUUGUUGAGUUCCCCGUCAGGGCAGUCAUCGGUUGCGGCUGGGCACCAUCUAGUUCUGGUCUCAGGCUGAUGUAGUCUCUGGUUUAUGUGGCUCUUUCUGUCUCUUGGGCUCAUAAUUACCUUGUAUCUUUGGCAUUCUUCAUUCUUCCUUGCUCCAGGUGGGUUGAGACCAAUUGAUGCGUCUUAGAUGGCCGCUUGCUAGUAGUUAAGACCCCAGAAGCCACUCUCCAAAGUGGGGUGCAGAAUGUUUUCUUUAUAGAUUUUAUUAUGCCAAUUGACUUAGAUGUCCCCUAAAAGCAUGGUCCUCAAACCCCCGCCCCUGCUGCACUGGCCUUUGAAGCAUCCACAUUAUUCAGGAAACUUCUUGGCUUUUGGUUUAGUCCAUUUUUGUUGACCUCUCCUGUAUUUUGUAUUGUCUUUCCCUUCACCUAAAAUAAAACUUAUCUACUAUCUAAUUAGCGAAUACCUCCUUCCCUUCCUCCCUCCCCCCUCUCAUAACCAUCAAAGAAUAUUUUCUUCUCUGUUUAAUCUGUUUCUCCAGUUCUUAUAAUAAUGCUCUUAUACAAUAUUUGCCCUUUUGCAAUUGACUAAUUUCACUCAGCAUAAUGUCUUCCAGACUUCUUCAUGUUAUGAAAUGUUUCAUGGAUUCAACAUUGUUCUUUAUCGAUGCAUAGUGUUCCACUGUGUGAAUAUACCAUAGUUUAUUUAUCUAUUCAUCCGUUGAUGGGCACCUUGGUUGCUUCCAACUUUUUGCUAUUGUAAACAGUGGUGCAAUAAACAUGGGUGUGCAUAUAUCUGUUCAUGUAAAGGCUCUUAUUUCUCUAGGAUAUAUUCCAAAGAGUGGGAUUUCUGGAUCAUAUGGUAGUUCUAUUUCUGGUUUUUUGAGGAAGUGCUGAAUCGAUUUUCAAAGUGGUUGUACCAUUUUACAUUCCCACCAGCAGUGUGUAAGUGUUCCAGUCUCUCCACAACCUCUCCAACAUUUAUUAUUAUGUGUUUUUUGGAUUAAUGCCAGCUUUGUUGGAGUGAGAUGGAAUCUCUUUGUAGUUUUGAUUUGCAUUUCUCUAAUGGCUAAUGAUCGUGAGGAUUUCCUCAUAUAUCUGUAAGCGGCCUGAAUGUCUUCUUUGGUGAAGUGCUUGUUCAUAUCUUUUGCCCAUCUUUUAAUUAGGCUAUUUGUCUUUUUAUGGUUGAGUUCUAGCAGAAUCAUGUAGAUUUUAGAGAUCAGGCGCUGAUCGGAAAUGUCAUGGCUAAAAACAUUUUCCCAGCCUGUAGGUAGUCUUUUUACCCUUUUCGUGAAGUCUUUGGAUGAGCAUAGGUAUUUGAUUUUUAGGGGCUCCCAGUUAUCUGGUUUCUCUCCGGCAUUUUUAGUAAUGUUUUGUAUUCUGUUUAUGGCAUGUAUUAGAGCUCCUAACGUUGGCUGUAUUUUUUCUUCCAUGAUCUUUAUUGUUUUAGGCUUUAUGUUUAGGUCUUUAAUCCAUUUUGAAUUAGUUUUUGUGCAUGGUGUAAGGUAUGGGUCUUGUUUCAUUUUUUUGCAGAUGGAUAUCCAGUUAUGCCAGCACCAUUUGUUAAAAAGACUGUCUUUUCCUCAAUUAACUGACUUUGGGCCUCUGUCAAGUAUCAUCUGCUCAUAUGUGGAUGGGUUUAUGUCUGGAUUCUUAAUUCUGUUCCAUUGGUCUAUGUAUCUGUUGUACUGUUACCACAAUUUCGUGAGUUAGAGCCACCUGGCGCAAAUAGCCGAUUUUUGAGACGGGGUGAGGUGGGUAGCAAGAGCUUUAUUAGAUAUACCGGUAUAUGGAGACAGAGGGGAAUGAUCUCCUCCUAAAGUUGCCUGUCUCACUAGACUACUGAUUAGCUCGGGUUUUCAAGGGAAAAGGGGCCAUAAGUUUUAGGGACUUGUGGAAUGUGCACUCUCUUUCUUCUGUUUGGUUUUGGUGGUCGUAUCUCAAACAUGCUGAUCUUGUCCUGCCAUUAUCCCAUCAGCUCAGGGGGUAGCUGGUGCCAUCCUUCGUCUUAUCUGACAAGCUUAGAUCAGUAUCACUUGUUUUCUACAGUCUUAGAGGAAACAUUGGUCAACACUUAACCAUUUUGGGAGCUAACAUCAGGAUCUUACUUGGAGGCAGGGAUGGGCUAGGGGAGGGAAAGGACAGAAAGAAGAAGGAAAAAAAAUUGGCUCAGGUACUGUUCAAGAUACGGCUGAGCAGCCUGUUUCAAUCCCCCCUUUUUGUUGUAGGUUUCUCAGUCUUGGGAAACAGGGCGCCGUGUCUCUCCAGCUGCUUCCUGCUGUGUGGGGUUGUGGAGGCCUAAGGGUUAGAGAAGUGGAGCUCUUGUGUUGUCUGCGUUAAACCAUUGGAUCUCUCUUGUAUCUAUAAAAAAAAAAAAAAACCCAUAGCGACCCUAUAAAAAAAUGCUGCUGUAUCUCUUCUUGAUGGGGGAUGGGUCGAAAUUUCUGGGCAACCAUCAUUUGGAGCUGGAACUUUUGAAUCACUUGAAAUGACUCUACCCUUCCGGGGAGAAGGCACCAACUCAUUAAGGCCUACACCAAGACACAUAAGCUUGUCUGGAGAGAGGAACAGCACAAGCAAAGGUUAAAAUAGAAAUCAGUAAAAUCGCUAGAGCGAAAACAAUUCUUAAUACUUUUACAGUACUUAUUUUUAUGAUACUUAUUUACCCGUCUUUGUUUCAUCUCUUAAAUAGCCACUUAAGUCUUUUCACUGGUUCGUAUUUUUAUAAAAAGGCAAAGGUGAGAAGUAGAUAAGCAUGUUGUUAGAGUCAUGUCUUUUCAAGCCUUGAGAAUAUUAAUAGGGUAUAAAAUGAGCAAAACCAUUGAAAGCUUCACCUUUUCACAAAUUGGCUAGAACCUGUGAUUUUAUAUUUUGAAUUGUCUUUUUUAGUGAUCGUUGGUACAGGUUUCAGUUAAUGACAAUCAGGAGGGUCUUCAUUGCUCCAACAAAUUUCUGUUUACUAGAUGUUAAUAGAAAAAGAUACGUGUGAAAAGUCUUUUGUGUUCUGGCUUAUGUGAAAGUUUCCCUACAAGACCUUUUCUAAGAUUAUUCUAUCUAUUGUCUGUAUACCUCAGGGCCUAGCUGAUGUGUCCUUGUGAGUCCAGCUCUAGCUGGGUCACAUUCUUUAUGCUCAAGGACAGGUAAUAAUGACUCUAAUAUCAUUUCUUAAAUCGUUUCUUCUUUUUGGUUGGAGAUUGGAGAUACCACAUCGAUGAUCAAUACCUGGACUUAGUCAAGCUCCUAGAUGGCAACCAUGGCAGGUUCUUUAAACUCACGGUGCUGGUUUACCACCUGAUACCAUCUGGUUCUUCACCAGGAUCUUAAGAGCGAAGUUCUCAUUAAUUGUAUUGUUGAAGUGAGCAAGCUCAAUGUACAUCAACAUUUUAGCCCGAAGCCUUCUUUUGCCUUUUAGGUGUGUAAGACGAUAGGAUAAAUGUUUAUUAUGCCUAAUAAUACUACCAGAAUAUUACUUGUAGUAGUACAAAUACAUCUGGUGUUUGUAAGGGUGUUACAGUGUGUGACCAAGUAGCUUGCUAUCCAGUGUUAUGUAUAUCCUGUUCUAUUUCUCCUGUGUUAUUUAUCUAAAUGUAACUCAACGGGUUUUGGUGGGUUUUAACGAGAGGUAUUUGCUACAGCACAUAUUACACUUUCUUGGACCAAUAAAUAAAAUCGAAGGCAAUUUUGUUAUCUCUUGUCACCUUGGCUUAAUGAGGUCAGAGAUCACUGUUGUGUUUCUUUGUCACUAGCAACAUCACUAUGUCUGUUACUUGUCAUGUAAAAAAAUUUCUUAAAAAGAUUUCUCCAAUUCAAAUAUACCGUAAGUAGGAAUUAAAUUUACCAACCAUACCUUGAGUGUUGGACCAAUGGGCUUUCUUCUGACUCUUGUUUUGCAAAGGAUAACAAAUCAACAUUACCUUUUUAGUAUUUACUGCAAAUAUCUAAAGAUAAUCUUAAAGUUCUCGAAGUGUAUUCAUUGCCCAGAUUAGCUAGGAAUCUAAACAAGAGAUUGACUAUCUAAAUUCACUAUUAGUUGGAAAGGGAGCAUCUAAAUUUGUUUAGCUGGAUCUACCACACAAAAACAUAUUGUCUACACAAAAACAUAUUGUCUAUAAAGUACACAAAGUUUGUCUAGAGAAAACAGAAGGCAUAGAAAAAUUUAUAUAUGACAAACAAGUUUCUAUUAAAGAAUACGGGAUUAGCAAGAUAAUACAGGAUGGACUUCUCCUGUUAGAGGUCUCUAGUUCAUCUGUCUAAAACAUAUUAAGUGUUUUCCCUGAGGGCAAGCUGUCUCUCAUUGGUUUACUUAUUAAGUCAUGGGUCACUUUCUCAGAAGCACAAGUGGAAUUUAAGACAAAGUGGAAUCUGAGUCAUGAGGUUGAUCUCUGAGAACCUGAUUUCUUUAAGUUACAUGAUUUUCUAUAUAGCAAGAGGGUAAGAGUUUGAUUACAAGCAUUAGACAGGUACUUCAUACAACAUUGUCUUGAAAACUGAUUAAACCAGUUACUGAUUUACCUUAAAUAUAACUCUAUUUACUGAUCUUUGGAGACAAUUUCUCAAAACAGACCGAAUUCUUCAAAAAAAAAAGCAUAACAUCUGGAGCAAAAUGGUCUUGUUAGUUUAUCUGGACAAUUGUUUGACUACUAGCAGCUUUAGGAAUCAGUUUUUUUUCUCAAAGCUCAAGGUUUAAAAGGACACCCAAAGGCAAUGGCCCAUGUAGGUUGUCCCAACCUCUAUGAUAGUCAGAAAUCUGGAUUUUAGUAAAAUUAUAUACAGUCUUUCAUGGUUCCCUCUUUGUAUCAGGAUCUUGUAAUAGAAUCCUUGAUUAAAAAUGUUUAAUAAAUGGUAAUUGGGCACAAUCUGGUUUUUAAGAUCUCAGGCACCAUACAAGUAAAUCAGGAGGUGGAAUAGAAACACUAACACUAGGCCAAUUGUCUGCAAUAAUCAAUGAAGUCAUGACUCUAAGGUCUUUGAACCAAGGAAACAAAUCUCAUAAGGUGUUUGUUUACACAUAAGUAGCAUCACUAGCUGUUUUUCAUGUGUCUCAGUAACAACUACAUUCUCUCAAACCUAAGAUUGUAUAUUAAUAUGAACACAGCAACAUUUAUCUAUUAAGGAACAAACUAUUCUUUGAGAGAACUAAUAGAAAAUCUGAUGUUAUUCUAAUUUGUAAAAUCAUAGCUCAAAUUUUAGACACUUUUCUGGUUAUGAUAUUUACAACUUUGCUAAGUUUACCAAAAGGAACUUCUAAUUCAAGAGUUAAAACAAUUAAACCCAUUCGGUAGUAAUUUAGGAGAAAAAAGGAAAAUGAUUUCUUAUAUCUAGAAUGUAGGACCUUAAAGCAUUAUUUCCAGAAAGAAAGACUUUAAAAUAUCAGAAAUAUUUUUACAUGAAACCCAUAGUAUCAUUUCGUUUACUCAGUCUUAUGUAGUUAGCUUCUGUUGCAGGUGAUCCUGGAUCGACUGCAGUCUGUAAAACCAUCAGCUUCUGUACAGAGCUCUGGAAAUCUUGAUUGAGUCUGGUCACAGUCUUUUUUUGCAAGUUCAAUACAGUCCAUAUUUUUUGUUGAGAUAUUCAAGUCAAAUGUUUUCAGAAAAUCGGCAAAGUAAAAAUUUAUCUGUAGAUGACAAAACUUAUCAUGGCCAUGAUUAAUUUAUAAACAUAACUCUUAAUAGUCAAAGACCUGAUAGAAAUUAAUUACAAGCAUAAUAUAAAGGCCAAGUAAAAUCAGUUAAAAAAAACACUUUAGAUAAAAAUAUUUUUAAAUAUAACCACUAAUAACCGUAUUUUUAAAGAACUUCAGACAUAACACAUAAUAAUCUUGAGACAUAAAACCAUAUAGUCAGUUUAUACUAAGAAUAUACCAAGAUUAUCAAGUCUCUAAAUACCUGAAUAGUAAUCAAAAAAAUAACUUCAUAGGUAAAUGAUUUGAAUUCUCCAGUAAAACUAUUGGCUUUGAUGAUGUUAGAUUCAAAAAAUAAAGUUAAACCAAGUUAGCAAUAAAGAAAUAAUAAAAUUAUGACAUAAUAUUAUGCAUUUGUUGUCUAAUAUUAGGCAAAAACGUAAGAGGAAUUAGUAUACUAACAUAUAAAUUUUAACCCAAAGAGAAAGAAUCAGCACUUCUCUUGAUUUUAACAACAGGUUCCAUGUAUUUUAUAACAUGUUAAAUAAAACUUCUCAGCACUUUCAUAAAAAUUUUGUGGCUUUCCAUGAAGUUUCAAACUUGUCAAGAGUUUAUCAUAAGUUACUGUGAAACAAUACUUAAAUUAUUUCACCAAAGAUCUCAAAAUAAAAACCUUAGCUUUUUUCUUCUUAAAGCCAUGUGGCUUGGUUUCUGACUCAGGAAUCUUAUUCUAAUGAGACCGAACCUUUGUUUUAGAGGCAGGUUACAUUAAUAAAUUAGCUCUUUAACUCAGAAAUAAAAGAAAAUUUUGUUAUUUUAACAGCGAGAAACCUAAUUCUUUGUUUUAUGUGCUAUAAAAGCUCUUAAAAAUCUCAUAAAUUAAACCAUUAAAAUUCAGUCAGACAGAUAAAACUUUUGACCAUAUCAAAUAAAUUUCUUUUUAAUAAACUUGCACACCCCUUUAAAUGGCAAAAUGAACUCACUUAUGAGCUGACCCAAAUAUACACACACAUAUAUCCUUUUUCUUGUGGUAUAAAAAGCAAAAGUAUAUAAGCUUAAAUUAUGAAAAAUAUCUAUUAAUUCAACAUCAAUAAGAAAUUAUUUUAAGCCCGUAUUCCAUAAAACAUUACAAAUUGAAAUAAAGUUGCUUUAAAUAUUCCAAGUUUUCAUUUAACUUUUACUAUUUCCCAUAUAUAUUUUUUUCCAAUCUAAUUUUAGCCCUUAAAGAUUUCAUCAACUGGCUUUGGAAAUCACAAAGCCUCUGUUUAAUUGAUCAAUUCGUUGAUAUGGAUAUAACCUUCAAGUCUCUGGCUAGGGUUGGAAACAUUUUUCUAGGCCAUUUUGGGUGUAUCAUUCUGAUUUUUAUUUGACCUUGGUGGCUGAGGGCUGGGGGCUGAGGAGGCCUGAUUGUGUCCUGCCCUACCUACCUUUUAAAUCCAGGCAAGAUUAGGUCCUCCUGAUUCAUUUACAUAUGUUUAAGUGCACCUAGGCAUUUUGAAAGGCAAAACAAUUUCUUUCUCUUUAUCUCAGAGUAAACUCAGCAGGUCAGUUCUAUUAGCCAAGAGAUUUUUUAACCCUAUACUUCUUUCAGUUUUUGAAGCUUUUCUUUUAGCGUAAUAGGAAUUUAUUUGUCUCAUGCACUGCAGCCAAGAGUUUUCUCAGCUCUGGGAGACAACCUCUUUUUAAAAUCUUAACACUGUGCCCGGGGUGUUCUCUGUCCAAGUCUAGACUGAAAAUCUGUUUUCGCCAUGUUAUCUUUUUUUUUUUUUUUAAAGAAAGAGGAAAAAAAUUUAAGGCCACGGAGGGACUCUCAAGCUUAUUUUCUUCGGCUAUUCUCAAACCGAGACCUACAUCUACAACCCACAGCUAGGGUUGGUUAAUUCUUGGGAUUACAGUCUUCUCAGGGGUGAAAAGAAAAAAAAAAACCCACCCUUUUCUACAUGGAAAAGAAAGAAAGAGGAAAUAAAAUACGGAGAGCAAAAAGAGCAGAGUGGAUACUAAGAUGAGAAAGAGGAGAAGAAUGUUCCAAAAAACGCAGAGGGACUUGAACCCGCCAAAUCGCCAAUGGGGCGAGGGCCCCUUAAUUAGGCGAGAGCGGGUCCCAGUGGGCCACAACCCCUAUUUCCCUCCUUGUUACGGGGUCUGGGUCUUAGGACUGU